AUGGCACAAUCACUGUCCAUUCCUGACUCUUAUGAGGGCCUGGAUCUUACCCACAUACAUAUCGCCCACCACCCACCACAGUCACCAACGGCAACACCUAUUGUGAUCAUAAGACUCAACCGCCCAGAGAAAAACAAUGCCUUUACGCCGCAGAUGGCAAACAGCCUAGAGACUGCAUAUCACUUAUUUCACCGUGAUCCACGUGUCAAAGUUGUCGUCUUGACAGGCGUAGGUCGGAUGUUUUGUGCAGGCUCGGACCUGGAAAUUGGGUUUGGAAACGGAGAAGGUAGAGCCAGUGAUUUUCGGGACAUUGGCGGUCGAGUGGCAUUGGCCAUGCAUCGCUGUAGUAAGCCUACAAUCGCCGCCCUCCAGGGCUCGGCCGUCGGCGUUGGAAUGACAAUGACACUGCCAGCGGCUAUACGAAUCUGUCACGAGAGUAGUAAAUACGGAUUCGUCUUCACCAGACGCGGUCUCACGAUCGAGUCCUGUGCUUCCUUCUUCUUACCUCGUUUGAUUGGGCUUUCUAAAGCAAUGGCUCUGAUAACGACUGGUGGUGUACACCGCGGAUCAUCCAAGUACUUCGGCGACCUAUUCACUGAGGUCUUGACUGAUGCAGCUGCUGUUUUACCCCGAGCCCUGGAUCUGGCACACGAAAUGGUAGAAAAUGUUAGUCCGCUCGCCUCCGCAAUGAGUCGUGCUUUGAUGUGGGAGGGAUCUGAAUCACCCGAAGGGGCACAUCUUUUGGAAUCGAAAGUGUUCCACCACAUGACGGGUCAGAGUGACUACAAGGAAGGUGUGAAUUCGUUUUUGGAGAAGCGGAAGCCUCGCUUUCUCGCCGACCCGCACGGCAUGGUUCCAGGGGAUUAUCCAUGGUGGUCUGAGAUUGACAUCAGGGUUGACCGAGAUAGUUCAAAGUCUAAGCUGUAG